AUGCACCAAAGCGUGAUGGUGUUUUGUGAAACCAAGCCUACCAAUACAACCACUGUUAGUAAAAUCCGUAUCACGAAUUUCGGCUGCGCCAAAGCAAUAGAUUCGAUACUUACAUACAUGCUCCGCCCACGUGCUCUUACUUCUGCCUUAAGAAAGAUGAAUACUGGCGGAAUACAAUCAGUUAUGUUAUUUAAUCCUGAAGGUGUUCUUCUUGCCUACACGAGCCUUGCUGGUGAUAGUGAGCGAUCUAAAGCCGCAAUCGCAGCUAAUGUUUGGAAUAUAUAUCAGCGCCAACUAGAGUCCAGUGAAUCGGAUACUGUCCAGGAAAUAAUCUUGAAAUUGUCUGAAGGCAGACUAAUAAUUACACGUGUAGCGUCAGUUCUUCUUUGCCUCCAUGCCUCCAAAGAUGUGGGUUUGGGAAUGUUACGAGCUAAGAUGAAUGCUCUAGUACAAAAUUUACAAGAGCCAUUGAGUAUUAUUGCAGCUUCCUAA